AUGGAACGCUAUGAAAACGAGGAAUACCUCAUCGAGAGUGAUUCGGAAGGCGCUGAUGGUAACUGUUCGUAUCAGAUCAGUGGCGACCUCCCACACGAAUUUGUUUCGUUAUCCGAAACAUAUUCCGAUCAACAUAGCCUUCCAGAUGUGGAUCAAGAUCCCGAAGAAAAUGUGGACCGAACCGAUAAACUGUAUUCCUUUGAAGCAAUAUUUUUCCGUCGUCUGUACUGCAAUCAAUUAAAACCUCGCGAAUGCAGCAAGAAGGUGAUCAGUGGAGACACUAUCGAUGAAAUUUUAAAGGCCAUAUGGCAAAUAGCAAAAAACCAAAUCCAUCGUCAAGUGGUUUUUGAGAACGGCGAGCCUGUUUGGUCCUCCCUCGAUCAUCCGGCAAUAGAAAAUUUGGACGAUUUUGUGACUGUUCAAGAUAAAACCAAAAAAAAAAAUUACACGAUCUCCAACAUUAAAAGCGGUUUGCUCACUAAAUGGAGAAACAAAACACUAAAUGUUUAUAUACACGUCUACUCGAGAAACGUGACAACUGCUGCUCAACAUCAAAAUGUGGUGCGGAAGCUCGUUGCUCCUAAGAACCCUGAUCGGUCAGGAGCAGCUUCAAACAGGGAUGAUGCUACUCUAGCCAACGAGCUCAAAAACACACAUCCUCAUUUGGAUGGGCACCACAGUUCCUGGCUAUUGUGGGCAAAUUUCAUCCACUCUUCAUCACCACAUACUCAUCAGCAAUUAAAAGAGGAAGUUAAGCCGCCAUUGGAAUUAGCUAAAUAUUUCCGAUGGACUGCUGUCUCGGAAGUCAAAACUGUAUUUCGGUUGUGUAAUAGAAGCGCACCAACCAGAUCAAUCGAGGAGAUCCUUCCGGAGAAAGAACUUCACCAGAACUGGAUAUUCAAAUUAUUUGAACAAGAUUUUCGUCGAGUCUCAGGUAAUCAAUUUUCGCCCACGGAACGCCAACCCAAUACCUCGGCACGAGCGAUCGACUUCCGGAACGAUGCUCGUGUGCAUCAAGCGGCAAUUUUUAUCACUUACGGUGGAUUAGGAGCAGCUUAUAGCCAGAUUUCGGUCAGUGUGGCGAGAAUGCAAUCCGUGAACCGGGGCAUGCAAGUUGCGAACACCGUAAACAACAAUUGGAUGAAGGAGAUACUGGAAAUAAAACGCCAAAUAACACUGGUAAAGGCAACCAUUAAUUCCAUAGAGCAGCAAGUUGAUGCCCUAGUGGCUAGAGGUUCCAUGGAAUCGGAGAUUUUCGAAGCGAUGGAGUCAGCAACACGACCCGAGGAAACGGAGCUCAGCCGAACAUUAGCUGAUCGCGUGAAUGACAUGAGAGACAUUGAUCAUGAAUAGUUUGCGGAUUUAGAUGAAUAACUAAGAGUUGGUUUUGGUCCGGUCGAGCGCAAUGUAAUUAAUCGUUCAUUACUUUUUAACAUGAAUAGUUGAUAAUGAUUUUAAAUAAAUUGGCC